AUUUGAUCUGCAAUUUUCUCACGAAUAUGAAGAAAUUGGAGUGGAACGCCCCAAUAUCAAUAAUACUUACACGGUGUUGCCACAAAUCGAAAUUGAAGGAAUGACGCCACAGGUAUUUAUGGAGAAUACAUUUGAAAAAGGAUAAUAUAUUUUAUGUAAUUACGCUUUUUGUGAUAUCUGGAACUAAAGCCACCCACACCCUCAUCGGAGGUGAUGACAAUGCCAUUGGAUGGUUAUUUGGAAGCACCCAGACUAUCUUGCUACUCACAAACCCAUUCGGAUUUGUCAAGGCCAAAAUAUUCGCGCAACAAUUCGGAGGAUGGCUCAAGUGAUGUUUUCAUCACCACGACGAAUCCCAAACCCAGACCCUCACCCAUUUUAUUGUCCGUUAAAACAUUACAAGAUGAUCUAAACAAGAGUGCAGCCAGUUCAAUGAUAUCCUCGAACUUUACACGGGAAACUAGUUCUUCGUUGAGACGUAAUUCAUCCAUUAGACGUCGUCAGUCGUCGGUAAAUGCGGUAUCAUGGAAUGACAAUGUAUCCAUACAACAACCCUCUACAAAUUCUCCACCUUCCAAGAGGACAGCCGAUGCGGAAGCGGAACAAGUUACCAUGCGGCGCCAACGUCUGCUCCAUCGUCGACAUCAAAGUGUUGGCAAUGCCAAAUAUGACAUACGUGGAGAUGAGCAAAGCUCCCAAAAGGCUUCGAAUCGUCGACGAUCCAGUUCUCUGUGGUGGGCCCAAGAGGAGGCGGUCAGGCGAAAUGCCCAAAGACCCUGUAGCUGGGGCCCAGCUGGUAUGGAUGUUUUUGCCACCGACUCUUCCUUGAUGUGUAAUUCAUCGGCUGUUUACCCAUGUGAUCUGCGUUUGCUGCAUGGACAAUGUAUACACACUUUGUGGAUUGGUUUUUUCUACUUCUUCACCCACUCUUCUUCUUCUCCUUCUUUAGAAUAUGACAUUUUAUUUAUUUUUAUCUUGACAAAAAAAGAAAAUGAUUGUACAAAGGAAAAUAAAAAAAAUAUUCUUUUUGGGAUCAAAAGAACUUGGACACAUAGUGAUUUUCUUUCUCUGUAAAUAACACGGUUUUGAAAUCUUUUUUAGA